GUUGUGAAUGGGAUGAUGAGAGAUGUUUCCUAAUUGUGGCUAUCUACUGUUCUUGAAAUUUUGCUUUUUUAACAAUUUGCAUGUGAUUUAGGGUUUGUGUGUAUAUAUAUAUAAGGCCCUGCUUGGGAACAUCUUGUAGUUUGGGUCAUUUCACUCCGUUUUGGUGAGUACAAAGUGAUCCAAUUCCCUAGUUGCAAGAAAUAUGGCACAUUUGCCACCAAAAGUGCCUAGCAUGACUCACAACUGGCCUGACUUCUCACACCAAAAGAUUGAGGGAUUGGGGAUCAUCAACAACAACCCCCCUUCAUGGGUUGAUGAGUUCCUCGACUUCUCGUCGGCCCGCCGUGGGUCCCACAGGCGGUCUAUGAGCGACUCCAUCGCCUUUCUCGAGCCCCCCAUGGUGGAGGAGUGCCGGAGGUCGUCCGCCAUCAUGAUCCCGGGAGAUCAUCAUCAUCAUCCUCAUCACGAGUGGCGUAGGCAGCCCCCAGGGCCACCGCGAUGGUGGGGUGGCGGUGGUGGUCAUCAUGACUUUGACAGAUUCGACGACGACCAGCUGAUGUCAAUGUUCACGGACGACCUAGUCGGGGGAGCAGGGCCCACAGCCACCAUGUCGUGCUCGAACCCCUCAUCGCCGUCGGAUCACAACAGCAUCAAUGAUGAUGAUAAGUUACAAGGCCUUAAUUCAUCUGAUCAUCUCCAGCAGCAGCAGCAGCAGCAGGUGCACCCCAAGAGUGAGCCUGAGGAAGUGCAGAGCUCAUGCAAAUCCGAGGGAGUAAAUGGUGUACAUGCAACCACCACAGACAAUUCCGGUGAAAAGAUUUAUGACCCCAAGAGGAUUAAGAGAAUUUUGGCUAACCGGCAAUCUGCUCAGAGGUCAAGAGUGAGGAAAUUACAGUACAUAUCUGAGCUAGAACGCAGUGUUACUUCACUUCAAGCUGAAGUUUCAGUGUUAUCACCACGAGUAGCAUUUCUGGACCAUCAGCGCUUGGUGCUAAAUGUGGACAACAGUGUUCUCAAGCAAAGAAUAGCAGCUUUAGCCCAAGACAAAGUUUUCAAAGAUGCUCAUCAAGAAGCACUGAAGAGGGAAAUUGAGAGGCUGAGGCAAAUAUACUACCAACAGAACAUGAAGAAGAUGGAGAAUGGGAGCGGGGCGCAGCCCAACUCACCACCAAGAGCUGCUGAUCAUACGAACUGCCCUGCCGAGAAAGAGCAACUAGCAGUCAAUUGACAUAUUCCUAAGGAAUAUAAUCAAAUGAAGCAAUCACUUCCAAA